UGUCGUCGUCGUCGUCGUCGUGGUCGAAAUUAUAGAAUAAUUUGAGCAAGCACCCAGUUCUUUUCCUCGCGCGAUGACGUCAUAAACGGGCGGCCAUGUAAGGUGAUAAUAAAAUAAUAAACAUGUGAUGCGAACAAUCAGUCUGUGGUUCGCAAUGGCAUCGGCCGGUUUAACUAUGUGCACUGGUCUGUUGGGCCAGGCACCCGUGGUUGGAAGCAAAAAUGCAGAAACCUAUGAAAAAAUUCAUAAUCAAGAGGCAGCAUGUGAUAAUGGUGGUAUCACGUGGUUUGGAAGUUCAUAUACAGGACCGGGUAAUAAGUUAUAUGACGCGAACAAUAAGUUUAUCGGAUGUUCGUUGCCUAGGACAGAAAUGGAUAAAGUCACGUUCCAACACGAUGUCGAUUAUAACAAUAUGACCAACCCGACAAAAGAUCAGGUAUGGGAGGCGGAUAAAAAAUCAAUAUUGGCAGCAAUGAACACUACCGACAAAUACUAUGGUAACGUUGCCACCAUUGUUGGCCUCGGACUCAAAAACAUUGCAGAACGUACACACGAAGCCAUAACCGGCAGUAAUAGUGCAAUAUAUCCACAGUGCGGUCGUGUAGAACCGGAACAAAAGGACAACGCCGCACAAGGAGCAGAGUCCAAGGGUAAUGAAGAACCACCUGAUACCACAACAAAAUCAACAAAUAACACUGACUCAAACGGACAAUUGCGUACUGAUCACCAGCACGUCGAUAACUUCGAUAAUAAUUUUUCAACUAGCGGUAAUAAUAUGGAAACUCCUACAUCGUCGUCCAAGAGGGCUGCUGAUUCCCCAGCGGGUGCUUCCUUUAGCAAGAAAUCCAAUAUGGUUUUACCUGGUACUGCUAGCGCCACUGCUUCUGACAGCGAUACGGGAAAUCCCAGUCCUGAAAAUGCUGUAUUACCUAGACCCAAUCACAUUUCAACAGGCUAUACUAUGGUAUUCAAAAAAUGUCAUUCAUUUAUAUCAUACGGAUUGGCUUGGAAAAUGUUGGACUUAUCUACUACAGUAAAAGGAUUGCACGUGGUAACAACUUCGUUGAAUCACAUACCGGUCGAAUAUCCGUUUUUGUAUUUAUCGCCCAGCGAAUACAGGUUAGUGAGUACUACACCGGGUUCAUUGUGUAAACACGUAAAAGUAAAUGUCGUAAUGCGUAAUCCGCGAACGGCCUUCGAGACCAAUGCAACUACGUCUAGUUUGGCUACACUGAAUCAAAAUAAAUUUGCCGUUGUCGCACAUAAUUUAACGAACAUUACUCGUGGUGUGAAUUACAAAUACGGUUUUGGAACUACCAAUGCGAUGAAUCCAACAUCGUGUUCCGAUGACAAUGCUAAAUAUCAAGAAGAAACUAUACAAGCAAUGUACGGUUGUAAGUACGACGGAAAACCAAUUUUUACCGGUGAAUUCGACGGUAUACCAAAUUCUUUUUUUCACUUACCGUUUCAUAACAACCAUUAUUACACUAUGGUAGCAGACAAAGGACACAGCACAAAACUGGGUUGGCCAUUAUUGAAUGAACUCAUCACAAAAAUUGAUGCUAGUUUCACAACCGGUAAAACUAUUGCCGAGUAUUCUUACAGCCCUAAAUUGGGAUUGUUGGGAAAACCGAUAGAAGGAGUUUUUAACGGGAUAUCGGGUAAAUCACUUACGGGAAAUGACAUUGUUAUUAUGGUGAAUAAAAAAAACCGAAGAGCUGGAUUCACACAGAUACAAAUCAAUAAAAAUACGGAAAAAGUGAACGAUACGGAAACCGAAGAACUUCGAGAUGAUUCGUACACAAAUUAUUUAACAGCAAACGCUAUUUUAAGCCUUUGGAAUGCGGUCAAUACAUAUGGCGUCACGGUGAUGACAGCGCUGUAG